AUGAAAUUUCAAAAUACAAUCCUAUCUAUCAAAACUCCUAAAUUGCUAGGAGAACAAGAGACAGGACUUGUUGGAGACCUCUCAGCCGAGCUUUACUACAGAGCUGGUCGUCUGGCUUACUGUGGUGCCCGCCGCCACUCUCCUGUAGAGCCCAUUAUUGCACUAACUACCGAGCUUGUAGAAAAGCCUGCCAUCGAGGCCGUCUGUAAGCUCGCCACCGAGCUUGCUAUAGGGUGCACAGCCAAGUUUACUGCCGAGAUUGCGGUUGAAUUUGCAGGAACGCUAGAAGAACAACUGUGGGAGUCAACAACAAACGAACAACUCCAGACAACGUUCCAUCUUCUCAACCACGUCGUGCCUUACACAAAAUUUGCGCAUUUCAUUGCCUACGAUAUAAUCUUGCAGGCUUUUGACGGCGCUGACCGCGUGCACGUCACUGAUUUCGACAUCAAGCAGGGUCUGCAGUGGCCAGCGUUAUUUCAGAGCUUAGCUGAGCGGGAAUGUGGCCCGCCCUCACACAUCCGCAUCACAGGAAUUGGAAACUGCAAGGAUGGCCUUCUGGAGACAGGUGAUCGGCUAGCAAAAUUUGUUGAUGAGUUCAACAUUCCUUUCUCCUUCCACGCGGUUAUAGAUAGGUAGGAUGUACGAUUGUGGAUGCUGCACGUGAAGGAGAACAAAGCAAUUGCUGUCAAUUGUAUCUCUCGACUUCAUCGGUUGCUGUAUGAUUCCGGGAAAACCAUUAAAAAUCUCUUGAAUCAGAUUGGGAGCACAAAACCUAGGGUGGUGGCCAUUGUUGAGCAAGAAGGGAGUCAUAACAGUCCUCACUUUGAGGGCAGGUUCUUAGAGUCCCUGAAAUACUAUUUUUCGAUUUUUGAUUCUCUGGAAGCCAAUCUUUCAAGAGAGAGUUGCGUUCGUGUACAGGUGGAACAGCUAUUACCUCGUGAGAUUCGCAACAUGUCGUGUGAGGGAGCUGAAAGAGUUGAAAGACAUGAGGAUACCGCUAGGUGGAACGUACUUAUGAGCCAAUCUGACUUUGUCAAUGUGCCGCUUGAAGACAGUGCUCACAACCAAGCUCAAAUUCUCCUCCGCAUGUUUGAUUCCGAUGAGUACACAUUAACGGCGGAGAAUGGUUCGCUCACUCUUGCACGAUUCGACAGUCAUUAUAUUCCCAGGAAGUAGACAGCAUGAUAACUCUAACUCAAGCUGUUGCCCAUCCACAUGAGAACGAAAGACAGAAGAAACAAAAAUAGUUUCCGACAACGUCACAGUUGAACACCCUCCCCAGCUCGCACUCUUCUUUGAUGGGUUAAUGCUGUGGUGACCCCGAAGCUCCGAUUGGGUGAAAUUCUAACACAGCCGCCCUCUUCUUGUCAGGGGAUGAGGGGAACGGGGAUGAGGGUUGGAGACGGAGAUGAGGGACGGGGUGCAAUUAUGAUUUACACAACUGGAUCAAUUUAACAAAAGUCUGGUUCAUUUUAAUAUUAUCUUUCAUAUAUAUAUAUAUAUAUAUAUAUAAAUUGAGUCAUGAUGAAAGUAUAAUUUAUUAAAGGGAAUGUUAAGUAGACAUACUUUUUUACUCAAUAAACCUAUCUCAUUAUAACCAUCAUUAGAAAAAUAGAUCAUCUCCAAAAACCAUCAUUACAAUCAUGGCCCUCAUCCCUACCUCCCUCGUUUCCAGCUCCUCGCUUUCUCAAUUUUAAGCUCUCAUCUUGACCUUCUUUAUUCCCAAUCCAUAUUCUCUCCAUUUUCAAUUUUCAUCUUGAUUCAAUCAGUUUCAAACCUCUGCUUCUUCCAUUCUCAGUCUUCAUUUCUCUCUUCUUCUUAUUUCCACUUAGAGGUUUUGUUGUUGUAUUGCAAAGCGAGAGGAUUUAUAUGUCAUUUAUUUCUAAAGAUGUAUUAUGCAAGAAUUGAUAAAGGAAGAAAUAAAAACCACACCACUCUUAAACAAUCUCGUUAAGGAAUAACUUGAAUUUGAAUGACUUACACUUUAUGUCAUAACUUUUUAAAAAGUUAAAAAUUUCAUCUCAACCUUCUACUCUUUUGAAGUAAAAAAUUGUUGUAGUGCUAUCAAGGACAUAAAUCUUGAAGAACUAAAAGAUUAAAA